AUGGAUGCCUCGACAUUCCCUAUGAUGCUGAACCUUUCCUCCCAAAUUCCCUUACCACUCCCACCAGACCACAAGUCUUUCUUCAAACACGGCCCGAGUCACGCCCCUGCAGCAAUCCCAGGUCUCACGCACAACCUGACGAACCCCUCGCUUCUCAAAACAUUUGCCAGGGAGAUGAAUGGACCAAUGCUCAAGAAGGAACCCUCGCUCCUAGAGAAGCACUUCCAAGAGCAACAACAGCACCGCCUGAACCUGAAGAAGAAGAGUGAGGAGCAAGCGGAGAAAGAGCAACAAGAACAACAGCCACAUCCACAACCACAACCACAACCACAAUCGCAGCAGCAGCAGCAGCAGCAGUCAUUAUCACAAGAGUCUGCUAGGUCAUCGUCCACGCCAUCUAGGAGCGAAUCUAGCGCAGAAACAAAGGUCCCACCUCCAUCUGCCUCGCCAGACACCGCCGCCCAACACCUAUUUGAUCUCGGCGGCGAUCACCCAGCCUUUGCUGACCCCAAAUACGUCCAGAUGGUCUCCCGGAUGGCAGCCUUCUACCAGCAGAGAUGCCAGGCGAUUUUGAACUACCAACAACAGCGGUGCCAGACCUGGGCUACCGGUCACAGGCAGAAGUGCCAGGAGAUGAUGCAGUCUGCCAUGCUCGUCGUGGCAUGGUACAUCCGGGACCGGAUCGGGAGGAGGAGGCGCAAGAGCAAGCGGGCUUUCCGCCGUGGCCUGCGCGAGAAAAACACCGCCGCCGCCUUGAGGCGGGCACCAAAGGGUGAGGUUGUCCGCAAGUGGGUUAUGGAUAUCCCGGACGCCGCCCUGUCGCCCAACAACGGGAUGCGGGAUGACGCGAACCUGGAUAUGGAAGAGAGGGAAUUCGACAUUGAGAAAGAGGUCACGCCCGACAAGGACAGUCAGCUGUUCUCUGUCGCGGAUCAGAUGAUCAAGUCUCAGCUGGCCAAGAUCGACAUCCCGCUGCUGGGGGCGCUGAAUCUGGACGACAGCGACAGCGAUACUGAUGACGAUGACGACGACAUGGGACGCUUCCGUUAUGCGCCCGAGGACUAUGAACUAGAGGAUGACGGAGAGGAUGAUGGGGACUAUGACGACGACGACGACAUCGACUAUGAAGACGAAACCCAGGAGCCUACUGAGGACGAGAUCUCCCAGGAGGCACUCAACGGGACCGGCAAGGGGUCGCUAAAGAGGAAGCGCAGCGACAGUGAAAGCGACAUGGAACAAGUUGAAGUAACCGUACCGGAGCCAAAGCGCCGUAUCGCACUCUAG